AUGGUCCGCAAUCUUGUCGUCAUUGGGGGUAAUUCCCACCCUCAGUUGACUCAGAGCAUUUGCGGUGUCCUCGGAAUUCCUCCCGCUGAGGUUCUACUCUCGAAAUUCGCCGUGGGUGAGACUCGUGUUGAAGUCCAAGAGUCUGUCCGUGAGAAGGAUGUUUACAUCAUUCAAUCCGGCGGUGGAAAGGUCAAUGACCACCUGCUCGAACUCCUCAUCACCAUUUCCGCCUGCAAGACCGCCUCCGCACGCCGAGUGACCGCUGUCCUUCCUCUCUUCCCCUACUCCCGUCAAAGUGACAUUCCUUACGACAAGGCUGGUGCGCCUCUCGUCAAGGCCGCCGUGGGAGGCAAGCCUACCAAUGGAUACACCUUCGAAAGCACUCCUCCCACCCCCGGCCCCGGAAAGCCCGAAGGCCUCGGUCUGAUGAACGGCAUGGAGAACCUGCAAAAGGGGCUCGCCAAGGCACAGAUCGAAGACAGCACUGGUAGCCCCGUCAAGAGACGGGGUAACGGCUUGCCCCGCAACGACACCACAGACUCUCUCAAGUCCUUGUCUAACGGAGCUGAUGAUGCCGCCAAUAGCACCUCCUCCAAGAUCUCUGCCUUCCAGCCGCGCCCAGGCUACAAGCAGUGGGUUGCGCAGGCCGGCACCCUUGUGGCCGACCUUCUUACCUGCGCCGGUGCUGAUCACAUUAUCACCAUGGAUCUGCACGACCCGCAAUACCAGGGCUACUUCGAUAUCCCGGUCGACAACCUCUACGGCCGCCCCCUUCUCAAGAGCUACAUUCAGCGCAACAUUCCCAAUUACAAGCAGUCCGUCAUUGUCAGCCCCGAUGCCGGAGGUGCCAAGCGCGCUACGGCAAUUGCUGACCAAAUGGGUAUCGAGUUUGCUUUGAUCCAUAAGGAGCGCCGCCCCACCAAGAUCACAGACCGCCAAAAUGCCACGAUGAUGUUGGUUGGAGAUGUUCGUGAUCGGAUAGCCAUUCUGAUUGAUGACCUGGCGGAUACUUCAAACACGAUCACUCGCGCCGCCAAACUCCUCAAGAAGGAGGGUGCGUCUCAGGUCUACGCCUUGGUCACGCACGGUAUUCUGAGUGGUGAUGCCAUCGAGCGCAUCAAUGCUAGCGCCCUUGACAAGGUGGUUGUGACCAACAGUGUGGACCAAGUUGAUCACCUGCGUCGUUGCCCCAAGCUCGAGGUCCUAGAAAUUGGCCACGUUUUCGGCGAGGCCAUCCGCCGCGUCCACCACGGCGAAAGCAUCAGUGUUCUCUUCCAGUACGACUGA